UCAUGAUUCAUGAAAAUUAUCUCUUCUCUUUUUAUCUAUCCAUACAUGUAUCUUUCUAUCUGUCUAUCUAUCUAUCUAUCUAUCUAUCUAUCUAUCUAUCUAUCUAUCUAUCUAUCUCUCUUUCUCUUGCGCAAACUAUAUUAUUUAUGGUAUAUACCGUAAGAUAAUACAGACGAUCACAUUCGUGUGAUCCAAUUCGACAAGAAUGAUAUCUGAAGGUACCACUUGAUCCAAAGAUCCAACAUUGUGAUCGUAUAAAGCGAAAGAUAUUAAAACCGAGUGCGUAAAUAAUUCAUUUUGAUUCAUGAGCUUAAAUCGAAUUGUGAGAUUUCAUUAAUGAAAAUACUUAUGUAUAUGUAUUUAAGAGAAAAAGAAAAAAGAAAGAAAGAAAAAAAAAAAGAAACAAGCAAAAGAGAGAAGAUCGAUACAAUGAACAAUUUUUUUUAAUAAGCUAUUUUUUAAAUAAAUCAUAAACUCAAGUUAACCAUUAUUAUUAAUUAUUAUUUUUCAAAUAAUCUAAAAAGGUAUUACGCGGACAAUAUUUACGAUAAUCAGCAAAAAGUAUAAUCAACUCUUAACAACGAGCUCAUGCGACUUCGCGAGAAAAGAAAAAAAGUAAAAAAAGUAAAAAAAAAGAAAAAAAAAAAAAGGAUAACGCUAUGAAAUAUUUUGUAAAAAUAAAUUAUCAAUCAAAUUACAAAAUAGUAUUCAUGAUGAUCGAUCAACAAAAAAAAUUAAUACGUAAGCUCGUAAAAAUAAUUGUCUGAUUAGAGGGGGAAAAAAAGAAGAAGAAAAAAAAAAGAAAAAAAGAAAAUAAAGGAACAAAAAAAAAGAAAAAAAAAGAAGAUAACGCGAUGAGCUAUUUGUAAUUGAAUAAUAAUAAAUUUAAGUUGAUGCUCGUUAUUAGUUAAUUGAUGAUACAAUUUUUGAAUGAAAUUAAUUGUAUAAACAAUGUAUACAUGCCAAUUGACAACAAAAUUAAUUUACCUAAUAAUAUGCGCUUAUGCCUGAGUCGUGGGAGAAAAGAAAAAAAAAAAAAAAAGAAGAAAGAAGAAACCAAUACAACGAACUAUUUUCAAAUAAAUUAUAAACAAUAUGAAGAAACGAUUAAUAUUAUUAUCAUUAAAUAUAUACAACAAUUAAUAAUAUUAUCAUAAUGAAAUAUGAUGAGCUAAAUUACGAAUAAUAUUAAUGACAGAACGAUACUAAACUGAGAAAGUCAAUGUCCCAUAUCCUUUUUCACAAGCAAUUAAUAAUUUGAUAAUCUUUUACAUUAUCGAUAAUACUUAACAAAAAAAAAAAAAAAAAAAAAAGAGAGGAAAGAAAAAAUAAGAAAAAAAGGGGAAAAAUAGAAGAAGAAUAAGAAGAAUAAGAAAGGAGAAAGAGAUAAAAGAAAAAAAAAAACAAGAAAAAAGAGAGAAAAAAGAAAAGAAGAUGAAAAUUAGCUGGCAUGAUUUGCCUUAACGUCGAUCUUAUAUAAUAACGUGUAUAUCACAGUGAUAUUACAUAAUAAUGACGAAUAGUUAUUUGAUGGUCAAUUCGUACGAAGUGAAAUUUACGAGUGACUUCGUCGUUUUCUAUCAUCAAGAAGAAGAACGAUUACUUUCGACGUCUAAGAUCCGAUACCGAUUUGGGCAUGGGCGCCGGUGCUGCAGGGGGCUCAGUUCUGGGACUUCCGGGCACUGGAGUGACCGGUGUUCUGUCUCAGCACUGUGCCAUAUGCGGUGAUCGAGCCACGGGGAAACAUUAUGGGGCUGCCUCUUGCGAUGGCUGCAAAGGUUUCUUCAGAAGAUCCGUUAGGAAAAAUCAUCUCUAUACUUGCAGAUUCAGCAGGAAUUGCGUUGUGGACAAGGACAAACGUAAUCAAUGCAGGUACUGCAGACUUCGAAAGUGCUUCAAGGCCGGCAUGAAAAAGGAAGCCGUACAGAAUGAGAGAGAUCGAAUAAGCUGUAGAAGGCCCAGUUACGAGGAACAAGCCAACAAUGCCAGCGGACUCUCCGUUGUUUCUUUACUGCAAGCUGAAAUGCUCAGUAGACAAGUUGGGGCAGCCUUAGAGCUAGGCAGUCCGAGCAACGACAUCGAUCUCAGUACGAAGCAAAUAGCGAACAUAAACGACGUGUGCGAUAGCAUGAAGCAGCAAUUGCUGAUCCUCGUCGAGUGGGCCAAAUACAUUCCAGCGUUUAGCGAGCUGACGCUAGACGACCAAGUGGCGUUAUUAAGGGCGCACGCAGGCGAACACCUAUUACUUGGCGUAGCUAGGCGAAGCAUGCACCUUAAGGACGUAUUAUUGCUUGGAAAUAAUUGCAUAAUCACCAAGAAUUGUCCUGUGAUAUCGUUGUCAACAGAAGGACGUAAUCAGGAUUUGGACAUCAGCAAAGUUGGUGUGAGGGUAAUGGACGAACUCGUGAAACCAUUGAACGAGGUCCAAAUCGACGACACGGAGUUUGCUUGUCUCAAGGCUAUCGUGUUUUUUGAUCCAAACGCGAAAGGUCUAAGCGAGCCAGGAAGGAUAAAACAUCUACGUUAUCAGAUACAAAUCAAUUUGGAGGAUUAUAUAAGCGAUCGUCAAUAUGAUAGCCGUGGUCGUUUUGGUGAAAUACUAUUAACGUUACCGGCAUUACAAUCAAUUUCUUGGCAAAUGAUUGAACAGAUUCAAUUCGUCCGAUUGUUCGGAGUAGCCCAUAUAGACAAUCUUUUGCAAGAGAUGCUAUUAGGUGGUGCGGCUGCCGAAUUGAACGGGAAUUCUACCCCAAUGCCAAUGUCAAAUGCUCCUGGAAGUUAUGUAAGCAGUAAUGAGAGUCCUAGCAGUCCUUUGACACCUGCCAAUGCCGGUGGUGGUCCAUUGAGUCCACAAGAUCAUAUGUUAGCGGCUGGCAGUCCCGUCAUUAUUCUUAGGGAUCUAACACCUAUUUCAUCGCAGGAAGACGUGACUACCGUCGCUGGUUUUAGAUUAUUCAAACAGGAACCCAGCCUUGAAACUGAAUCAACAUUCUGACUAGACGAAGAAGAAACCUGAUCAUGACCAAUAUAGAAUUCUAUUACCAUUGAUUCGAACAAAAUUCGUUUUAUCAAGAAAAAUAUGAUUAUGCCUUUCAUUAUUGUUAUUAUCAUUAUUACUAUUUUAUUAUUAUUAUUAUUAUUAUUAUCAUUAUCGAUCAUUUAAUUUCAUUUUAAUCCUGUAGCUUAUAUAGAUGUAUUAUAGGAUUGAUACGAAAUUCCGAUAACACUUUAAUUAUCAUUUUAAAAUCGUAGGUGAACCAACUGAUAGAACCUACCCUCCCCUUUCUUCCUCCAAUCUGACUGCUGCAUAGAUAUAAAGGGCAAAAUAUCGGAUCGUACUUUAUAAGAUGCACGACUUUUUCUUUACAUAUAUUUUUUCUAUACAUACAUACAUACAUACAUGCAUACAUACAUACAUUAUUACUCUUUCUUUUUUAAUUAUUUUUUCAUAUUUUUAUUUGCAUCUAUUAUAUAUCAAAAGCAAGAAAAAAAAAACAUUGAUAUAAACACUGAAUAUAGAAAAAAAAAAAAAAGUUAUUAUUCCAUACUUCUAAACUUUUAAAAUAUCGCGGAAAUAAUAAAAAUAUGUUACACGAGAAAAGAUCAGUUUCCUUACAAUCACAAAUAUAUAAUAUCCAUAUUUUACAUAUUCAUAUUUGAUAAUAUUUGAAAUCUAAUAGGGCCUUCUUAUGAAUUUUAUCUUUUUCAAACGUGGAUUGCAAGUAACUAAUGAAAUUAAAUAGUAAAUGAAUAGCAAAGGAAAGGGAUUGAUUGACGUUCAGACGAAUAACAAAUUGAUUACCUACGAUUUAAAUAAAUAACAUUACAAAUUGUCAAUUAAAUGAUAAUUAAUAUUUAAAGUGUUAUCAGAUUUUUUAUGGACCAACCUUAUUGAUCGAUAUGAAAUAUGAAAUUUCAUUACGUAC